CCUGAAACUAAACGUUGUGCUGGAGAAGAAGAAUCCGGAGUCCCUUGUAUAUUUAAAAAGGGUUAUUUAAAAGUAUCGAAACGAAAUAAGAUGUUUAAAGAACAGAAAGAGGAGUUUGAGAAUACCAUUCUUCAAAAAGAUAAGGAUUUUAAAGCAUUGGUGAAGGAACUAGAUGGAUGUUUUGAAAAGAAUAAAAAAUUAAAGGAUGAGAUUGCCGUUACAAAAGCUGAAUUGAAGACUGUGAAAAAUAAAUUCGAAAAACUUGAAAAAUUUCAUUUUUUGUUGGAAAUUCCUCAUAAUACAGUUGUAAAUAUAAAAGAAAUGAUGGAUUUAGAUGCUGAAAAAUUUUAUGAAAGAAUUUAUGAAUUAAAUAUUGAGUUAUGUCAUUCAGCUGGAAAAAAGAAACGCAAAGUUCAAAAGAAGAUAUACAAAGACCCAAGAGAACUUUUGGAUAAGGCGGAAAAAAUUUUAGCUGAUGAGGGUGAUGGCAUUUUUGCUUGUGAAUUAGUUUUAUUUGGGCUUCUUUUGCCCUCGUCAUGGCUAGAUUUUUUAUGAAGUGGAAUAUAAAUAUUAGAGGUCACCGAGCUUUGGGA